AUGACAGCACAGCAGCAACAAAACCUUGAAGAUGAAGGCCACUGUCUAUCCAAUUUGUCAACGGAAAAUGAGCAACAGCUGCAGGCUACCACCACAAAGUCAUUGCAGCAGCAGCAGCAACAAGAACCGCUACAACAACAACAACAGCAACAAGAUGAGCAGCAAUCUUCACGUGAUAACACCAUGAAUUUACAUGAAGCCAACAAAGACGACGACGAGCAACAAAUGUCCAAAACGGAAAUGAAGACAUCACCCACAGUUAGGCAACACCAUGAAAUCCAUGGUUCACAGGAAAAACAACAGCAGCUAAGAGUUCCAAUGGAUGAUGGCAACACCACCACUACCACAACAACACCAACAACAGCUAUGAAUCAGAAUAAAAACAACUCCACGAACAACUCUUCUUCCCCAACCCAAGAAGCAUUGGCAGACAAUGUCAAUGGUCCAAUGGCCACAACGCCUGCUUCGAAAUCCGCCUCCUCCAUCACCACCACCACCACCACACUCAGGGUUGAGGCAACAAGCAGCUCAAAACUCAAGGUCAACAAACAGCAACAAUCACAGUAUGCCAUAAAACAACAGGAAACAGAGACAAUGGAUAAAUCCAAGGACAAAGAGGAGCAACGCAACAAAGAUAAACAUCAGCAUCAGCAGCAGUCAUCGGGAGGCAGUAAACACUCCAGCAACAACAAGCUCUCUGCCGAGGGUCAAUCCCAGCAACAUGGCGGCGAUGAGAGAAGAGAACAUCGUCGCAACAGCAUGGCCAGUCAACGUGCCAUGGAAGAGGAAAUCAGCAAAAUGCAUGGCAGCAGCCCUGCUGGAGCUUAUGGGACCAGCCAACAAAAGUCCAGCAAAAAACAUCAUCGCCAACAACGGCGCUCACCAACAACCCACCACAGUUCCCAGCAUCAGCAGCAGCAGACGCAGCAACAUAAAACCUCCUCUCCCAUGUCAACUGCACCUCUCUCGAACUUAAGUUGCGAUACAUGUUGCCAACUGGAAUGGGAACAGCAGCAGCAGCAGCAACACUCCGGCAAAGACUAUCUGCAACUGCACACGGCCGUAACGUCGGCGUGCGCCUCAACAGCGUCGCCACAGACCCUCAAGCCGCCCACUCUACACAUCGGCCUGGCUGGCCAGCCGCCAACACGUGCUGGCAAACGUAAAACCAGCACAAGUGGCAGUAGUAAUAGCAAAGAAAGAGCGACCAAAACAAAACCCGAAAUAAAAACAAAAAUCAUCUACACCAACGAGACGGUGACGGAGAGCGAGAACAUGACUACGACAACAAUAACGACCACAACCACCCGGGAGACGGGUUUUGGUAGGACGACAACAACAAAAAAAGCUGCCAUUACAACGGCGAAAAAAGAGCGUGACAUCGCAUGCUCAGAUGAAAUGAAAUCCAAACAACAAGCCCCCGCACAUGGGGGCCAACAGUUGAUGGUACCGGUCGGCGGGGCUGGGGAAAUGACAAAACGUGACACACGCAAAGAGGAAAAACGCAAAUUGAAAGAAAGUAAAUUUAGGGAAGAAUUGGAAAAGGCAUUGGAAAAUGUCCAGCUGGAGGAGAGGAGGGAAGAAGCUGAGCAUAAACAGGACAAUUUUGAAAGAAAUGAUAUUUUACAGGAAAUCAAAGAAAUUUCCCAAGCCAUAACGGCACUGCAGCAUGAGGCCGAAGCUGUGGAUGGUAACAAAGAUUCGAAACAUGAUGAGCAGCAACAUGUUGCUGAAACCAAAGUGGAUGGUAUUUCGGAUGCUGCUGCUGCUGCGGCGGCCGACGAAGCUGGACCACAAGAGAAAGAUGGUGAUGCCAACGAUGGUGCUGCGGAAGCAGUUACUACUGCUGCUGCUGAAACUUUAAGUAAACAAACCAUUGACAAUGCGUUGACAGAGAAGUCAGCCGAAGAUGAAGCUGAGCCAGAUACUGAAGCCUCAACAACAACAUCAACACUAAGGCAAAGCAACAAUGCCACCAACACCAAGGGGGAAGAUAAUGUGGCUACUUCUGCUGUUGCUGCCGCCGACGAACUGCAGUCGCCCACAACGUCAACGCUCACGACAACCACUGCCAUGGCCAACACUACCAACAUCAGUUGUAAUUCGGAGUUUGCAGGUGUCACAACACCAGUCUCGCAACAGAACAGUUCUUCGCCAAAAAUCCCACUAAUAACUACAUGCCACACAACAACAAUACACGAAACUGAAGCAACAACAACAACUACUACUACUACUUCCAGUACAUCUCGACGUCCAACAUUACAACGUCAAGAUUAUUCUUGCCUCGAUUCCAGUGAAGCACAAUCGGACGAUAGUCAUCUAACACGAGAGUCAAUUACACGCGAAUCACAAAACGAUGAACUAUCCUCUUCGACAUUGGAUAAAAUUGAUGUGAGUACCCUACCGUUGCCGGCAUUGCCACCGAAGAAGCGACGCACCAAACUCAGAGCCAGUCCAUCCAAACAUCACAAUCGCCGUUAUGGCAGUCCUCAACACCACCAAACGCCGCACGCACACUCAGAGCUAAGAGACUGUCACAGCCCUAGCGAAAAGUCAACAGCCGGGUCGGCGGCGACGAAAAGCAACGAAGAUUACCAACAUCUGUCGGCCUUUCAGAAAUACGUUGCCAAGCGUCGCGAAAGCCUGGAAGCAUCCUCGCGCAGUUUCAACGAGAAACUGGAGGCGCGUAGAAUGCAUUACCACAUGGGUGGCAGUGGCGGUGGUGGAUCCAGUGCUUCGACCUCAAGUGGUGCCGGUUUACACAUGCCUACCUAUUUGUUUGGGGAACAUUACUAUGGGGGUUCGGGCUCCCGCCAAGCGGUGGCACCUGCCAACAAGGAAGAGAUUUAUUUGAACAAAUCUGGUUGGGUACAGGUCAAUACGAAACGCAGCAAUGAUGAAAAUCGUGGCUACCGCCGUUCCAAUUAUGGCCAUCAAAAUGGCGAUUUGCGCAAUACCAUACGGGUGAUACAGAUCGAUAAUACCAGACGUUCCGACAUGACACGGCAGGCAUUGCUGCAGCAUCAACAUGCCAUUGUGGAACCACCGAAGUUUGUCAGCAGCAAAGUGGAGGAGUUGAUACAGCGCAAUGAGGCGCGACUGGGAGCCAGCAAUGGCAAGCGAGAUUCAGCUUUAAGGCCCGGCUAUCGGAUUGUGGAUCCGCAAAUAGCCAGUAUACUCAAUGAACGUCCUGGUUUCUUGCCUGUGAAAAAUCUCAAUGAUCACGAAUCCCCGCCUCCCAUAACUCCCAUUCUCUCACCACCACCUGCCUUUCAAGAUAGUAGCAUCAAAGCCAAGUCUUUCGAUCGCCGAAGAACCAUUGCCAGUCGCCCCAGUCCCCAACCCCAGCCGAUUGUCAGCAACUGCAAUCUGCAGGCCGGACCCAACAACAAGGGUAUGGUCUUUUCGCGCAGUUUUGAGUAUGACAAUCGCAGGCCCACACCCACGGACACCUAUGUGGAGACAUUCUCGCGCAGCUUUGAUGGCAAUCUAACGGAGAGGCCUGUCAAGCCCGUACCCAUGCCCCGAGAUAGAUCGCCCAAUUUCAGUACACUAACGGGAAAUUCACCAAACUAUUUGAGUAAAAAAGACUCGGGUGGUGGUAGUAGUGGUAGCCUAAGAUCACGUGACUCUUCACCCAAAUAUCAAUCACCAGCCGCAUCCAUAUCGUCAUCGCAAUCGCCACAGACCCAAAAGACCACAGCCUAUCUGAAUACUUCGGUAAAAGAAGCUCCUCCCUCGUAUAGUGUGGCCAGUGGCCAUAGUACAUCACCGGUGGCCAAUCGCUACUCACCACGCUCCCAGCAUCAUGAGCGGUCGUCGUUUGAACGCUCGAAAAGUCACAAUGUUAUGGGACGUUCAAGAAAGUCGCAGUUCAGUCGUACCGGAAGUGGUAAUGUUGGUGCAGCGGCCGUUGUAAACAACUUGAAUGUGUCCCGAUUUCGUAGCUUCGAUACACCGAUGAGUCAACGUUUGAAUUCAUGUGAUAGUGGUGCCAGAUCAGAUCUCUCUAACGAUGAGUUGGACAAUGAGGACGAUGAUGCCGGCUCCUCGGAAUUUCUCAACACCAACAGUUAUCAUCCGUCUACGUCGCCUUUUAAAUCGCAACGCCAGCGUUCGCUGACACCUGAUCGCAAUGAAUCACACAGUUCGUCGAGUAGUUUACGCAAACAGCGCUCACUAACACCCGAAUCACGUUCACUAACACCGGAAGAUCGUCGCCGUAAGGGAUCGCAGAUCUCGUUGAUGGGUUCGCGUCAAAAUUCCAGUUCACGUAGCAAUACCCUGGAACGUAAACAUGAAAAAGUGAAUAUUUCACGUAGCUCAUCGAGUUCAAGUUACAGUGGCCGGGAACAUGAUAAUCAUGGCAUUGGCGUUGGUGGAGGUAAUGGUCUGAAUGUUGUUGGUAGUGCGCAGUAUCGGAGAUCGGUUAGUCGCAAUGCCAAACAGGCGGAGGAACAUCGCAUUCGAAGAUCAAGAUCCCUCCAACUGACCGAACGUUCACCGAAUCGAGCUCACAAGAUGAUCGUUUGUGUUGGCCAGCCACAUGCCAAUUCGAAUCAGCCACCCAUUUAUCAACAGGCCAAUCUGCGCAAUAAUCAAAUGGCUUCGAUGGGGCCGACAAAUAAUUUUCCACCCACAAUACGAACUACCGGAAAAUCCCAAUCAAUUCUAUUGGGUCCGACAAAUGGAGGUGGUGCGAAAAUUGUGCGACAAAACGAUAUUGAUAAAAGUCGUUCAUUCGAUUUUGAUUAUUGCAAUUACAAUUCACAGACGAAUGCCAUGAAGGCCCAGCACAGCAAUAACUCGCUGCUAGGCAGUGCAGGGGUGUUAAAUCGCGAUGCUGCGAUGAGAUUGGAUUUUGAUAAAUCACGUUCCUUUGAUGAUGACUACAGGGAGGCGGUGGUGAGCAAUAAUAAUUUGAAUGCGGCGGCAAUGCGUUAUUUGCAGGCGGCCGCCGAGUCAUCGGAAAGGAAUCAUCAGCAGAGAAUGCGUCGAUCCUCACCAGUUGAGGGUGGCGGAGGAGGAAGUGGUGGAGGUUCUCGUAAUACACGAUCACCACAGUCGUCGGGAUCGUCUUGCAAUAAUUUGAGUGUGCCCCGGCAAACCACCAGUCCCCAGAAUUAUGGCACACGAUUGUGUGAUCAUGAAAUGACCUAUGACCUAAUGCGCAAGAGCUUGGAUCGUUCACCGAUUAUGGAAUUCCGUAGAGGUGAUAGUGCUGGCGGAGGCAGCAGUGGAGGUGGCGGCGGAGAUUAUGACAUGCCCAUUAUGCGCAAUCGCGAGACGAUUAAUUCGGGUGGCAAUUCGGAAUUGAAUUUUAUGAAUAACGAUGGUCGGAUCUAUGAACAUGUCAGCUCGAAUUCUUUGAAACAGCAACGGUCGCUGCGCAGAACCCAUAGUCCCAAUGAGUCACACUAUUCGCUGGAACGUGGAUCCCAUGAUCGUGGAUCAUCGAGGGAUGAGAUGACACCACCUGAUGCGCAGCCAGAUUAUCGCAACGAUUACAAUGAUAUGUAUCGGCGCACCCGAAGCACAAAUCGUGGAAGCGAUUCCCCAAAAUCUUCGCACUCAAAAACUCUGCAUAUUGCCAAAAACUCCAACUGCUCGCCAGCUGAAGACAGGCUUUGUUCGAAUGGGCCCAAAUCAUGUGGAUCGUGCCAAAGUCUACCCUAUGACAAACAACACGACUACUUGAAAUCAUUGACUCUCAAGAGAAACCACCUCAAUCGCCCAUUAUCACUUCAGAACAAUAAAAACCACACCUUGCCAUCCACUUCUACAAAUGGUCAUACGAAGCACCCUAAUAUAUCAACUGUUAAGGUCAAUGUAAACAAUAAUGAUACUGCCACAUUCUCAUCAUCUUGCACUGAAGAAAAAUCACCAGUUGGACCUUUUUCACCAGGCUCUGCACUAACAAAAACACGUUCCUCAAACAAUAUCUCUCAGUGGACAUUGCUGUGCAAAAAUGCCACAGCUUCAACUUUUUCGCUCUCAGCAACAUCUGCCGCAGCCAAAUCUCAAACAACUGUUUAUCACAAUGGCGGCGACAAUGAGAAUGGCUGCAGUGCAACACCAACUCCUCGUCAUACCCUUGUCAAUGUCAACUCGACCAUGAACUCAUCCCAACUGCGACCGCCAUCGUUAAUGUCCGGAACUAUGUUGACAGACACACCUCGUGUCAUUCCACUGGCUGCAACAUCUUUGGUGUUUUUAGGUGAUUGUGAAAUGUCAGUGACACCAAAACGGAACGACUUGGGUGAUGAAGUUGAUGGAGCAACCAGUGACAUUUCUGAGAAACUGCAGGAUAAUGUGGCAAUCGCUGGUAUGUGUGAUAAUGGUGCUGCCAACUUGAAAGUCGACAUUGGAACAAGCCACGAUCCUCAAUGUCCUUAA